CUCGACCCCGUCCCCCUCGCAGCCUUGCCGUCGCCCUGCUCCGAACCGAGGUGGAAGUGUUCGAGAAGUGGUACCGCAAGCUGCAGCCGAGCGUCCCGUCCGUCCAGCCCCCGCCCGAGGCUCAGGAUCCCCCGCCCGAGCCGGCACAGACACGUAGCAGGUACAGAUCCAGAUUGCACAGUUCGAUGGACUCUUUUGUAGGCCUGACAGUGGAGCAGAAAUGUGAGCUUGCUGAGCGGGAGCUGACUGAGGUGAAGGAUGAGAUUCAGAGGAUAAAGGAGGACUCAGAGCAGACCUUGCAGAACCUCGAGGCAGUAAUUGAAGAAGCAGAUGUUUGGUGGGCUGGUAUUAAGAAAGCCAUCAGUGACUUUGAGAAAGACAUCAUCAGUACCAUCUCCAGCAAGAAAGGGAGUAUCACAGCUUCUGAAAAGCUGCUGAGAUACAUGGAGGAGAAGAACCGCCAGAGGGAUCUGCUGAGAGAGAAGUUGUGGUCCAAAAAUUAUUUACUCAAGGGUUACAAGAAGAAGCUGCAGCAGCAGCUCAGGCAGAAGGAGCAGAUGGGAGAGAGACUCUGUGAGGUCUCUUUGCAGCAGCUGCAGGUUAAAAAUGCCCAAUACAAGGAGAAGAUUGAUGAGAAGAACCAGGAGCUGCUGCAGCUAAAACUGGCCUUGGGGAAAGCUGUCCAAGUCCUCAACUUCUAUAAAAAGAAGCUGCAGGACACCAUGGAAACAUCCAUGUCUCUGAUGAAAGACGUCUCCCAGAGGAAGGAGCUGCUGGAGAAAGCUGAAAGAAAAGUUGCUCUGGUGGAGGAGCAACGAGCCAAAGCUGAGGGUGCGAAUGGGCAGCUGCGGACCCUGCUCUCGGACUACACCGUCCCCCCUGUGCUGAGUUACGUGCAGAAGAAGAUGGAUCUUACCGACCUCAAAAACAGCCUCAAGGCUUGGGAGAGGAGGGCGGCAGUGACUGAGAUGUCCUUGCAAACCUACCGCAGAGCAUGGAACCAGGUCAAGAGGUCAGGUAACCAGCACUAG